AUGCUUUCCUUUCUAGGAUGGGGCUCCGGCUCAAAGCCAGACGCAACCACACCAGGUCCCAAUGAAAAUGCAUUGUCGAAACAAGACCAACUUCCUCCUUCCACAUCAGGUCCUUCCUCCUCCGAACCAUCAACACAACUAGUCCAACCACCCAGACCACAAGAUAGGACCAACCUCAAACUCCUCGCCGGAGGAAUGGCCUUCUUCGCCUUCUCAGUGUUCAUUACCCGAAGGGCCCACAUCAAAAAGCGCAUCGCCGCCAUCCCGCCCUACUACACGUCCUCAACCUACUUCCAGCCCAAUUUCAACGGCGCGGCGGAUUCAGCCGAAGCGCUCGCCCUUGCCACAAUCAAUGUUGUGUCCUUUGGAAUGAUGACUACUGGCGGUAUCAUGUGCAUGCUUAAUGUCAAUGGAAUUGAGGAUAUGCGGCGCAUCAUGCGGGGUGGAUUAGAAGGCGCUGCCCAGGGCAAGUCGGAUGAGGAGCUCGAGAAGGAGGUUACGGAUUGGGUUGCGAGCGUUUUUGGCGAUCGCUUUGAGAAACAGCUUGAGCUUGAGAAGGCGAAGAAGCGUGAGAUGCUGGAGGCAAAGAGGGACUAA